AUGAUUCGCAGGCUACGUCAGAAAGCGUGGCAGAAAGCCGGUCUGGAUCCACAUAAGCUAUGGACCGAGCAAGCACAGAUCCAAGCCGGUGCAGCAUCCGGACCGGACGAAUAUCCAUGCGCCUCCAAUCCAUAUUAUGCCAAUAGCGGCUCUACAGCGCCGACUCCCUCGAUGUCCACCAUGACGUCGCGACAACAACUUGCCGACUUCUCGAAGAUGUUCUACAACAUGACACGCUCGCACAUGCUCCCCAACCCGGUCUCCACCAUCCGACCCAGUCCCCUUCGAUACCAGCUACCCCAAACUUCUGCCCCAACUUCCAUCCCAGACACGCCGCCAAAUCUACCGACUCCCCAGAUUCCCCAAUCGCCCGCAGCCAAGGCCAAUGCGACGGUCGACACUCCUCCCCCUGCUUCCACCCUCUCCUCUCCUGACCGCAUCAUCCCACCCCUGAGCACCGCCAUCCCUUUUACUUCCACUCCGCCCCCGCCCUUGUCUUUCAUGGACCUGGCCUCGCCUAGCGCCCAGUCCAUGGCCGCCGGCCCAACGCCCCCCUCCAUGAUGGACCCGAACCUGAACUUCGACUGGGACCAGUGGGACGCGGUCUUCGGCCAGCAUCUCCCCGUCGCCGACGAGCUCAUGGAACUAGAUCCCGUGGCUGGGUUCGAGUUUGGGGAUCUUGGCGGUGGCAUGGGUGGCGGUAGUCGGACGGCGAGUCUGGGGGGCAGUGAAACGGGGUUGGGCAGUAUUCCUGGCCCCGAUUGGGUUGGAUACUGUUGA